GACAGUAGCCUGAGAAAAACACAACAAAUACACAUCAGGCUCGAUGCAUCGAUGUAUUUCACGUCUUAUGCGAUUUUAAAACAAGUCUUAAAUUGUGAUUUUAGAACAACGAGUGCAAAACAUCUGAAAUAUACGCGAAUGAUCGCAACUGAAUUCACUGUUGCUAUGGGCAACCGCCGAAACUUUGUAUAGCUGCAAGCCGUUGGAUCACUGCGGCUCAUUGCGGUAGAGACGCCUUUGUGAACAAAACGUAAAUUUUCGUCAACAAUAGCAUUUGGAGAUUUUUACAACAUGACACCUCCUCAGAAAAAUCCUAUAGACCUUAAAACGAUGAUCAAAGACACUAAACAGGAUAUGGAAGAUGUCCACCAAGCCCUGGAAAAACUCAGAAGCCUUUCACAUGAUGAACAGACCGAAGCAGAAGUUUUGCGAUCCAGAAUCGACGAGCAGUCAACUUUGAUCUGCAUUCUGAAACAGAGAGCGGAUGAGAUGCUUCUGCGCUGUCAGGCUCUAGAUAAGAUCAACACAGAGCUGGAGAACCUGAGAACCAACGUGCAGAAAGAACUGGAGAACGAGAGGAAGAAAUCUGAAAUGCUGGAGCAGAGGUUCAUGGAUCUGGCCGCCAACCACCGAGAACUGAUCAACUUUAAGGAUGAAUACAAAAGCCAAAAUGCAAAGCUGGUGCAAGAAAACGAAAGACUCAGGAAUGAAAACGAAAAGCUUUUUAGCAAAGAGCUGCAAGACAAAGAGGAGACCAUCCUUAAACUCACCCAAGAGCUUAAAGACUUAGCAGAACAGCACAAGAGAUUAGAAACAGAAUAUCAGGAGAAAACAACAGGUUUUCAGGCUAAACUGAAGGAAUUGAUCAGUCUCCACCAGAUCAAAGAAGCUUCUCUGAAGAAUGAACUAAAUGACACACAAAAGCAACUCAAAAGUGCUGUAGAAAUGUGUGCAGAGCUGGAUCUCCAACUCAGACAAAGUCAGGAAAAAGAAGCAAUGAGAGAAACAGAGACUCAAGUGAUACUAGAAAAACUUCUGGAGGAAAAGGAUGAGCUUAUUGAUCUCUCAAUGCAACGAGGGAAAAUUAUACAGGACAAACAAGCUGAAAUAGAGGAGUUGGAGAGGAAGAGGCUAGAAGCUGAAAAUGCCAGAUCGGAGGCAGAGCGCAGGUUCGAAAAGGAAGCAGCGACCGUAAACAGCGACUUAAAAGUGCAAGAACUACAGAACGCUUUAGAGAGGGCAGAAGUUACGUGCAGUGAGCUGAAGAAGGAGUUUGAGGCAUAUAAAAAAUACAGCAGUGAACUUCUUGACAAGGAAAAGGAGUUAAACAGCAAACUGCGUCACAUGGCCCUCUGAACCCACCAUUCCUGUCAUUUCACGUGUUUGUCUGCAGUCAUUAAAGUCAUUAAAGAGGGCCUGAGAUGCUCCUCAACCCAUGAUCACACAUACAUACACAUACAGACGAGCAGGAUGAGGUGAGAGUUUUCUUAAACGUCUUCCUUCAGUAGGGGGCAGUGCAACUUUAGCAAUUCUUUUGUAGCCAAAACGUUUUUCGGCGCAUAGAGUUUCUUAAAUGUUCAAAUGUGUAGCUAAACUGAGUCUUCGAAAUUUAAAAAUGUGCAUUUAUGUAUUUCACUGUGCUUUGGUGAUCUGUAUAUGCAAUAAAUUAGACUGUUGUGUAUGUAGAUAAAACCAGAUUCAACUGUGAUAUUAAAAGCUCUCGAGCCAUAUAGCACUUUUUAGGAUUAUAAUUAUGACUUUGGUUUCAAUUUCUACACCAGCACUUUAACAAAUAGAUCCAUUAUUGCUUUUGUUAACCCUCUUUCAUACAAACAGUAGAGCUAAACUUCACAUGUCUUGCAUUUUUACAAAUGAACAAGCUUAGGCAUACAGUAAAAUGUAGCAGUAUUUUCAUAAAGUUUGACAUUUUGACAUGCCGUUUGUAAAUUGUAGUUCUGGAGUUUUAGCAUCGCUAGUAAUUUUUGUGUCAUUCUUGAACUAAUAUGUGGACUGAUAGUUAGCGUAAUUGUAUAGUGGUCAUCUGGUCCACAUGUGCAUAUAUGUUUUAUUGAAAUGAACAUCUGUAUAGAGUUACAGAUGUUCAUCCCUCCAGCACAUGCAUGUUACUUUCCAUCCAUUUUUACACAUUUCAUCUAUUCGCGAUUUAUCAUAUUAAGUGUUUUAUUCAUUAAUAUUUUUAACCUGAGAUCAUCUCUGUGUUGUUAGGUUAGGUAUGUCCUUAUAUCAUCUGUUGGCUAUGUUUGAGAUGGUGGUUAAAAUGCUAAAAUUCUUUGAGUUCUCGUGAGCGCAUGUUGAAGUAGCUUGCAUCAUCAUUUCAAGCAUCAUAUCAAGUUGAGGCAAGUUUGCAUCCAUACCGUAACUGACCAGUGCACCUGCCCUUUAAUUGCGUUUGACCUCUGAUUGCUGACUGGUCAAUGGUUCCUAACCCCAUUGCCAUGACAAUCUUUCCUUCAGAAGUGCUAUGAAUAUGGGAAUUGCCUUAUAUGGGAAUCUGUGAGAUGGCUUUGAAUGAAAUUUUGCUUUUGUGACCUGUUUUCGUUUUUCUAUGUUAGGCAUGGGCCGGUUACCGAUUUCAAGGUAUACCGAGGUUUUAAACAGAUUGCAAAACCACUAAAAUGUUCUGCGAUCCCGUCUCCAAGGUAUGAGCUGUGUUUAUACAAAAUUCAUUAACUCAUUAAGUCAUGUGAUUGAUUUGAUGUUUACAUUUAAUAUACAUUACAAAAAUAUUAGAUUUUUUUGAACGCAUAUUUUAAUUUAAAGGCUUUAUAUUUACCUGGCAUUUGAAAAAAACACAGUUUAGUGUUGCAAUGGCAAUACCGCAACACCGUGAAACCGUGGUAUUUUUGCUAAAUGUUAUCAUACCGCCAGAAUCUUAUACCGGGCCAUGCCUAAUUGUAAUCAUCUUUUAACAUAACUCAUUUAUAGAGGACUUGACUGUUAAGAUCAUUUAUUAUAGAAGAUCGUGUUAAGCAUUUGUAGCAUAAAUGUAAAGCAUUUUGAGCAUAAAUAAAAUAAAAAUAUUUACCCUUAACAAAGUUGAGAUCAAGACCUUUUUUUUUAAAUCAGAACUUUUGCUAAAUUGCAAAGCAACAAUAUUGACUGCAUGUAGGGAAUCACAAUCUAUCCUUAUAGCUAAAUUAACCAGAAACUUGUUAAAAGUCCCACUGUGUGGAAAAUCGGGGUUUCAUUGCUGUUUAUUUGUCUAUGUGGUGUUUUAUAUAUAAGACAUGUGAAAAUGCAUUAAUUAAACAUCAUUUCUGAGUAUUUUCUCCGUAAAAUUGGAGACUGAUUCCCGAUGUAUAAAAUAGUCUUGGUUUCCAACGUCACAAAUAUGUAAACAAUCAUAUCAACAGUUAAAUGCGUGGAAAGUUGUUAACAGUUAUGUGUUUAAAAAUGCAGAAUGUAGCAUCUAUUUACAUUUAUAUCUAUGAUUUGAGGUGGUACGAAAGCGUGGAGGUGUGGACUAAUUUGCAUAUUCAUAGAUUCACAUAUAAUAAAUUAGACAAGGGUGUAGAGGUACAAUCAAGCUGUUUUAAAACAUGAAGCAAUUCUUGUAAACCUUUUAUUAUUAUUUUCAAAGAUGAGUUUUAAAUGAUACAAUUCUUAACUAUUGUGGGACUUUAAACAUUUAAAAAAACAAAACAUUGAUAGGACACCUAAAACUAAAAUGAUCCAUAGAGCAGAUUCUUUACGUUGAAUG